CCAAACCUUUUGUGACCUGCUUAAAUUAAUUACAAGAUCGCUAUUGUGUAUCUACUUUAAAGCCUUUGGGACACAUCGGUUGAGCUAACACAUUGCCAUCUGUGUGAAAUGAGAAACCUGCCUGUCACAGUUAGGUGUUGUGGGGUGGAGGGGGGGCUAAGAUCAAGGCAAAAGAGGAGAGCGAGAGAAGCAAUUAGCAGACGCGGCUGCUCUCCUGUUGGACGGCUGAACAAAGAGGGGGAUGAAAGGGGAAAGGAAUAGUUGAAACUCACCGUGAAAGGGAGGCUAUAAACGCCCCGCAAACAAGAAGGGAAAAUCAAGUAUGAGACGAGACGUGACCCAUUCCAGAGUGACAUUCGGAAAACGGUCCUUCCCUCUCUGCGGAUUCUGUGAGCAGCAUACUCCUACGGCAUGCCGGACAAUAUGCCCACUUUUUCACAUCACAAGAUGUCGCUAAGUUACACUGGGCGAUACUUCCCUCGGGCGCAGUAGGAUGCAAUGAUGGACUUCUUGUGCGGGGAGAAGAGGUGAAACAAGGCGAAUGUAUAACAGUAACAUAAUGAAAAAGUAGAAUAUAUCAGAAUAGGGGGGGUUUUAGCCACGAUUGUUCGUGCUUUAGAUAGCUUAGGCUAUGGAGUAUUUUUUCAGACGAAAGAGGGUACUGAAAAUUCUCAUCAGCGUGUCUUUAGCUUUUGCCACUUUGUUGAUGAUUCAGAAAUUCAAGUUUGUGGAAGAUAACGUUAAGGAUCAUCUGGCGGUUAAAAGCAGAGUAGCUGUCGGCUGGUUCGAGGGUGAAAGCGACUUUUACAAAAGCGGUUCCAUCAUUAAGGGCGGUCUGGGAAACAAUUCGCACCCUGGACUUGUAGAAAAGUUGGACGAUGUGUUCGUUUCUAAUACGACCCGGGUGUUUUGGGAUGUAGAUGUGAUUGACUGCAAGGAAAAUUUGUCUGUGAAGAAAAAGGAUUGGUUUCGACGACUUGAUCCAAGAUUCCAUCAAUUCGUGCUUCACAGACACUGCAGAUAUUUCCCGAUGCUGAUAAAUCAUCCGGAGAAGUGCCGAGAGGAAAAUGUGAAUUUACUGAUUGUGGUGAAAUCUGUAAUCGAACAACACGACAGACGCGAGGCUGUGCGCAAGACGUGGGGUAAGGAGCAGGUAAUCAAUGGCCUCAAGAUAAAGACACUGUUUCUUAUAGGUAGCCCCUCCAUAGGCAAAGAUGCCAAAAAUCUUCAAAAACUCAUCCAGUUCGAGGACAGGAUAUACGGAGACAUUUUACAGUGGGAUUUCAUGGACACUUUUUUUAACCUCACUCUAAAAGAGGUGAAUUUCUUGAAAUGGUUUAACACUUAUUGUCCCCAAGUGAAGUUUAUAUUCAAAGGGGAUGACGAUGUGUUUGUGAACACGAACAACCUAGUGGAACUUAUUGGUUUUAAAACAGAAGAACAAAAAGUACACAAUUUAUUUGUUGGGGACACCAUUUCCAAAGCCAUCCCCAUUAGGAACCGGCAGAGUAAGUAUUACAUUCCCAGAGAAUUAUUCGACAAACCUUACCCACCUUAUGUUGGUGGUGGAGGAUUUUUAAUGUCAUCGGAUUUAGCUCGAAGAUUAUUUUUAGUUUCCGAAGACUUUGAGCUUUACCCAAUUGACGACGUGUUUCUGGGUAUGUGUCUUCAGAGAUUACGGGUUACCCCAGAGCUUCAUCCUGGAUUCAGGACUUUCGGCAUACUGAAGCGCAAAGUUAGUCCUAUGAACAGUGACCCCUGUUUUUUCCGAAGCUUAAUUGUAAUCCAUAAACUGAACCCACAAGAGUUACUCAGGAUGUGGGAUAUAGUGUAUGAUAAAAACCUAAUUUGCGCCAAAAGGGUUGUACUCUGACUCAUUUUUAAAGCGGCUUUCUGUGACAUUUUAAUUUUGUGUAUUGUUGUUUUGGGCAUAGCCAACAUGUCCUGGUGUCAGAGAUUCGUAAAUAACACACCUUCCCCAGAUCCCUUGUGGCUCAGACAGACAUCUGUGACCUGUAACCACUGUUUUCUAUAUCAGUAAAAUGAUGGAGCCUGAACUAUUUAAUCACAGACUGGACUGUAUACUGUAGCCAGUGUAGCAGUGUAGCUUUUUAAGAGGCAGUGGAAAGCCAGCAUUUUGUGUGGCACACUGGAUGUUUUCAAGUGAUUAGGACUUGCACCCCCCUUAUGGCCGUGUUUGGAGGCACAAGUCCACUCACCAGUCCACUGGAAGCACAGUACAGCUCUGUGACUGAAUUCAAAAGUAAACAAACUGCUCUCCUGAAACCAAUGCACUGUCUGUUCACUGGUUAUGAAUGGGCAGGGAUGGAAAAAUAUGUUUAAAAAAAGGUUUUUGAUAUUAAUUAUGUAUGUUGUUAUUGUUUAUUUUCAGUUCUGAAUUGAUUGUAACCAAAACUGUUUACCCUUGACAAAGACCAAGAGUUGAUCUUAAAAUGAUGUUAUCCACAUAAUGGCAAAACCAUGUAAAACUGACACAGAAUAAUGCAUUGCAGAGUAAUAACUGAGCCCAUUGAAAAUUUCAUUUAAAAGGUUUAAUAAAAUGUGUUCAAAUGUUAAGGAAAAAUGAACUAUAUGAAACCUUGUCAGUUUCUACAUUUUUAUCUUCCCUACCCAUAAUAUUUAAUGUGAGUAUUGAGAAAUUUUGAUCCCAUAAAUUUAACUGAGGAUCGUUAAGUAUUCAUUGGCUGUGGGAGUUCUGGGGACGAAAUAAUCUUUUUUUUUUUCCAAGUUGACUUGGAAGAUAAACACUAGUGGGAACUAAAUCAAGCUAUAUGUUCUUCAAUGACAACUUUUUGCUGAGUGAAAUGUUGUAUAGCAUAGAUGGUUUAAUAUAUUUUCUGGAAUGUAAAUAGCAAAUUUCUGUAGACAAACCAACUGAAAAUAUUUAUCAACCCGAGAAAGGCAAUAUAAAUUGGCCCAUUAAUGAUCAGCACAAGGAAACAGUUGUGCCAUUGUACUCUUAAUCAACAAAGUAUUCCUCCCCACAAAGUUUAUGAGUGUACUUCCUGUUUUCAUGGUAACAAAGAAAUGUUUGCAUUCACAUGUAACUGCGCUCAAAAAUGAAUGUGUAUUUAUUUGGUUAGUCUGUGAUAGGGAUGCAAAGAGGUGGACGAAUGCAGCUGAGGAUAGGUAAAGUAAGAAAUUAGGUGCUAUUUUCAGUGCCAGUGUUUCUAGAACAACAAACUAAUAAUAUCCAAAUAGUUUCCAUUAUUUUCAAGUUUGGCUGUGUGGCUGUCUGUUUCAAAGAUCAAUAAAAUAACCUUUUGAUAUUCAAA